CCCAACCAAAAUUCAGACAUGAAGAGCGAGAAAGAAACAAAGAAAGAAAAAUAUCAAGUGGUCCGAAGCGUGGUGGUCCGCUCCAAUUGUCGCCAGUAUUAGGCGCUUAAAGAGAGAAUUAUAGAUUCGUCCCAUCUUCUUUACCUCUCCGUCUACUUUGUGGUCCACCGGAUUUACACACUGCAUAUAUAUAUAUAUUUAUAUGUUCAUGUAAUGCUUUAUCGUCACGCACAAUCGCCUAUCCAUGACCACCGCGGUGUCUUCCACUUCUCUGAGGACUCUGCGGUUCAAAUUCAACAAUCUGUCUCCAUUUUCACCAACCAACGGCAACAAGGUUUUGCAAAAUGGCUUUUUGCGUCUGCGCAGAAGUGGUUGCGGCGGCAGGUGCUCUAUGUUCGUCAAGACGGCCCCCGUUCUCAAAGAUGGAGUCUUGAGCUUCAACGGUAAGAACACGCUUUUGGGCGUGCCGGAGAAUGUUGUGGUGACGCCGUGCUCCGAUUCAGCGGCAUUCUUGGGUGCUGUUUCCUCUCAGAGCAAUUCUAGACAUGUGUUCAAGCUGGGAGUUAUUCAAUAUUACCAACAUUGUCAAAUGGUGUGAUGUAUGUGCUGAAUGCAGAGGAGCGAGAUUUCUGUCGCUGUUUAGGUUCAAGAUAUGGUGGAUGAUACCGCGAGUGGGGAGUUCAGCGAAGGACAUUCCAGUUGAAACGCAGAUGUUGCUUCUGGAGGCAAGGGUAGAGCCAAAUUCUGGAGAACCUCAUGGAAAUACAGCUUAUGUGCUGUUUCUGCCUAUAUUAGAUGGAGAAUUCAGGAGCAGCCUGCAGGGGAACUUAGCCAAUGAGCUAGAAGUUUGCGUUGAAACUGGUGACUCCAACAAAAUUGGACCUGGGUCUUCCAGAGCAGUUUUAGUGAACUAUGGAGGCAACCCCUUCGAAUUGAUCAAGGAAUCUAUGAAGAUUCUGCAAAAGUACAAUGGAACAUUUGCUCUUCGAGAGACCAAGCAGAUGCCUGGGAUGCUUGAUUGGUUCGGUUGGUGCACUUGGGAUGCUUUUUACCAAGAUGUCAAUCCUCAAGGAAUCAGAGAUGGGCUGAAAAGCUUAUCUGAAGGUGGCACUCCGGCAAGGUUUUUGAUCAUUGAUGACGGAUGGCAAGACACAGCCAAUGAGUUCCAAAAGGAGGGAGAGCCUUUCCGAGAAGGGUCACAGUUUGGUGGCAGAUUGAUGAGUAUAAGAGAAAAUGAAAAGUUUCGGAAGGCAGCAAAUGAUGAUUCAAGCGGCACGCCACAUAGUUUAAAGGACUUUGUUUCAGAUAUAAAGGGAACUUAUGGCCUCAAGUAUGUUUAUGUAUGGCAUGCGUUAAUGGGAUACUGGGGUGGACUUCACCCAAAUUGUCCAGGAACUCAGAAAUACAAUCCGACAUUAAAGUUCCCACAACAAUCAAUAGGAAAUCUUGCACAUCGCAGGGACAUAGCCAUGGACCGUAUGGAGGAGUAUGGUGUUGGUAUAGUUGAUCCAGAAAGGAUAUUUGAAUUUUAUGACGACCUGCACAGGUAUCUCGUGUCACAGGAAGUGGAUGGAGUUAAGGUAGACGUACAAAACAUACUAGAAACAGUAGCCACAGGUUCAGGAGGUCGAGUUUCACUUACUAGAAGUUUUCAUCAAUCUCUCGAGAAGUCAAUAUCCAACAACUUCCAAGACAAUAGUAUAAUAUGCUGUAUGGCACAGAGUACAGAUUCUGUUUACAGUGCAAAUACAAGUGCCAUUACGCGUGCAUCGGAUGAUUAUUAUCCCAAUAACCCAACUACACAGACGCUGCAUAUAGCUGCUGUAGCUUUUAAUAGUUUAUUCUUUGGUGAAGUAUUUGUCCCAGAUUGGGAUAUGUUCUAUAGCCUCCAUGAUGCAGCUGAGUUUCAUGCAAUUGCUCGAGCUGUUGGUGGUUGUGGUGUCUAUGUGAGUGACAAACCUGGAAAGCAUGAUUUUGAGAUACUAAAAAGGCUUGUGCUGCCUGAUGGAGCUGUGUUGAGGGCAAAAUAUCCUGGAAGGCCUACUCGUGACUGUUUAUUUGUCGAUCCAGUUAUGGACGGGGAAAGCCUUAUGAAGAUAUGGAACCUCAACAAAUUUUGUGGAGUGCUUGCUGUGUUCAAUUGCCAAGGAGCAGGAACCUGGCCUGGUUUGGAAAACACCGUUCAGCGAGAUGGCCUCGAGCUGACUGGGGAGAUAUCUCCAACAAAUAUCGAGUAUCUCACAGAAAUCGAUCUGCAGCCACGGACAGGAGACUUUGCAGUCUUUUCUUUCAAAUCAGGUUCUCUCUCUCGAGUUUCACUGCAUGGAAAGCUAACUGUGAAGCUCAAAACCUUACAAUGUGAUGUCUUCACUGUAUCUCCAAUCAAGUCGUACAAUGAAGAACUCCAAUUUGCUCCGAUUGGUUUGAUAAACAUGUACAACUCAGGAGGGGCAAUUGAUGCAGUUGAGGCUAUCAACGACUCCUCGUGCGACAAAAUACGAAUCAGAGGAAGGGGAGAAGGCAUUUUUGGAGCCUAUAUGAGUUCGGAACCUAAGGUUUGCUAUGUGAACAUGGAAGAGGUGCAGUUUAAGUUUUGCAGUGAAGAGCAUUUUUUGUCAGUUAUUGUUCCAACCGGAGCAAAUUCAUGGGAGAUAGAUAUUUAUCAUUGAUGUCCAUUUCUUCUUUAAAAUUCUUCAAAAAUACUGCAGCAAUGCUAACCAAUGGCAUCAUCCAAGUUAUACACAACUGUGAUAAAAUCUGAUACAUUUUACUGAUUCAAUUGUAGUUCUCGAUUUGCUUCAGCUCUGUAAUAAUUAAUUAUCUAGGUAUGACAUGGUCCUCAUAAAAGACUCCUGUUUUUUAUUUGAGAAUCUCAUAGAAGACUCCUCUAAUUGAUAUGUUGCUUUCUUUCUUGCUAAUCCAUUUCUUUAAGAUUUCUACU